UUCAUCCCCUUUCUCCCCUGCAUCGUUCUUCUCCCUCCCUCUCCAAUUUCUGCUACUCCUUCAACUCCAUCAUCAUCAUCAUCAUCAUCAUCAUCAUCACCACCAUCUCUCUGCUCCGAUUCGAUUCUCCACAAUCUUCCCCAAUUCCCAAUCCAUCAACCUUCACCUUCCCCUUCCUAACUCGAAUCGAAAACUCCGCAUUGGAUGAAACCAAUCGUUGAACCAUAGCUAGGGUUCGAUUCGAUCGAACACCAAAAACCGCAUUUCAGUCACAGAACUGGGGGCGAAUCAGUCUCGAAGCCCCGCGGCUUCAUCGUCGCAGGGACUCUGGUUCUUCCUCCGCUUCCACAAUGCGCCACGUGUCCACACCCUCGCUCAUCUCCCCACUUUCGAGUCCGUGAGCCGCUACGCCUCCGAUCUCAACCGCCCCGUCCCGCUCCCCCCGCCGGUCGUCAUGGACGGCGCCGGCAACAUCUCCGUCGCUCCCAGUCUAGCACCUCCGCCGCUCGAGGAGCCUGAGUAUCUGGCUCGGUACAUGGUUGUCAAGCACUCGUGGCGCGGACGAUACAAGCGGAUUCUCUGCAUCUCCAGCGUCGCUGUUGUUACUCUUGACCCUUCCACGCUUGCUGUUACAAACUCCUACGAUGUUGCCAGUGAUUUCGAGGGCGCCGCGCCUAUCAUUGGACGCGAUGACAACUCCAAUGAGUUCAACCUUAGCGUGCGGACCGAUGGCCGCGGGAAGUUUAAGGGUAUGAAAUUCUCGUCGAGGUAUAGGGCGAGUAUUUUGACGGAGCUGCAUCGGAUACGGUGGAACCGGUUGGCGCCGGUGGCUGAGUUCCCGGUGCUUCAUCUCCGGCGACGGGCUUCUCAGUGGCUUCCUUUUAAAUUGAAAGUAACUUAUGUCGGUGUAGAACUUAUUGACACAAAAUCUGGUGACCUUCGUUGGUGCUUGGAUUUUAGAGACAUGGAUUCCCCUGCAAUUAUUCUUCUCUCUGAUGCUUUUGGAAAGAAAAAUGUUGACCAUGGUAGCGGAUUUGUUCUUUGCCCCUUGUAUGGAAGGAAAUCUAAAGCUUUCCAAGCUGCUUCUGGGUGCACGAACUCGGCUAUUAUCUCGAAUUUGACAAAAACUGCUAAAUCCACUGUUGGCGUGUCCUUGUCUGUGGAAACUUCUCAGACUCUAUCCAUUUCUGAGUAUAUAAAACAAAGGGCAAAAGAGGCAGUUGGUGCCGAAGAUACCCCGUUGGGGGGUUGGUCUGUUACACGAUUGCGUUCUGCUGCCCAUGGAACUCUAAAUGUUCCGGGAUUAAGCUUAGGAGUUGGCCCAAAAGGAGGACUAGGUGAUCAUGGCGAUUCUGUAUCUCGACAGCUCAUUCUAACUAAGGUUUCACUAGUGGAAAGGCGUCCUGAGAACUAUGAAGCUGUUACUGUUCGUCCUUUAUCUUCUGUGAGUGCUCUUGUCCGGUUUGCCGAAGAGCCCCAGAUGUUUGCAGUUGAAUUUAGUGAUGGAUGUCCCAUCCAUGUUUAUGCAAGCACGUCUCGUGAUAGCUUACUUGCAGCAGUUCGUGAUGUUUUGCAAACUGAAGGUCAAUGUGCCAUACCUAUAUUGCCAAGACUGACGAUGCCUGGACACCGUAUUGAUCCUCCCUGUGGGAGAGUUUAUUUGCAAUAUGGUCAACAAAAACCUGUUGCUGAUGUAGAAAGUGCAUCUGUGCAUCUGAAACAUUUAGCAGCUGCUGCCAAAGAUGCUGUGGCUGAAGGCGGUUCAAUUCCUGGAUCUAGGGCUAAACUAUGGCGUAGAAUAAGGGAGUUCAAUGCCUGUAUACCAUAUAGUGGUGUGCUUCCAAACAUUGAAGUGCCUGAGGUUACUUUGAUGGCCUUGAUCACUAUGCUUCCUGCAGCACCAAAUCUUCCUCCAGAGUCUCCUCCAUUACCACCCCCUUCCCCAAAAGCUGCAGCAACUAUUAUGGGUUUUAUUUCAUGUUUACGUAGACUACUUGCUUCAAGAAGUGCUGCUUCCCACGUGAUGUCAUUUCCUGCAGCAGUGGGAAGGAUAAUGGGUUUACUCAGAAAUGGUUCAGAAGGUGUAGCCUCUGAGGCUGCAGGGCUUGUUGCUGUACUCAUUGGUGGUGGGCCUGGUGAUGCAAAUGUAGCAGAUUCCAAAGGAGAGUGGCAUGCUACCAUUAUGCAUACAAAGUCAGUAUUGUUUGCUAAUCCUAGUUAUAUAAUUAUUCUUGUCAACAGAAUAAAGCCCAUAUCCGUAUCACCUUUACUUUCAAUGGCUGUUGUUGAAGUGCUUGAGGCUAUGAUUUGUGAUCCACAUGGGGAGACUACCCAGUAUACUGUUUUUGUUGAGUUGUUACGCCAAGUUGCUGGGUUGAAGCGUCGCUUGUUUGCACUGUUUGGCCACCCUGCUGAAAGUGUUAGAGAAACAGUAGCCGUAAUAAUGCGAUCAAUUGCAGAAGAAGAUGCUAUUGCUGCAGAGUCCAUGCGGGAUGCUUCUCUGCGCGAUGGUGCUUUAUUGAGACACUUACUGCACGCACUUUUUCUUCCUGCUGGUGAGCGGCGUGAAGUUAGUCGACAGCUUGUUGCUCUUUGGGCAGACUCCUAUCAACCAGCUUUGGAGUUAUUGUCUCGAAUUCUGCCUCCUGGCCUUGUUGCUUAUUUGCAUACACGUUUUGAUGGAGUUCUUGCUGAAGAUACAAAUCAAGAAGAGUCAUCAACCAAGAAAAGAAAAAGGCGUUUACUUCAGCAAAGGAAAGGUCGCUUAGGGAAAGGAUUAACCUCUCAAGAUCAACCUUUCUCUUCAGCGCAUAACUUUGGUGAUUCUGAUUUUGGUAGGCAGACGGUAGGUCCUCUUGUGGGCUCAGAUAACUAUCAUAAAAAUGUUUUGGACCCCAGUUCUGGACAGGCUUCAAUUGUUCAAUCUUCAAUACCUCAUAUCAAUGAAAAUUUGACCAAUGGAUCUCCUACUGGAGAAGCACAAAAUGGGUAUUCGACUGUUGUGGCUUCAGCUAUUGUGGCAUCAGAUAACUCAAACGAAACUCAGGGAUCUGAUUUUUCAAAUUCGGUUGAUCCUGACAGCAAUGUAGUUGGUUUGCAGAAUGCAGACAUUCCAGCUCCUGCUCAAGUUGUUGUGGAGAACACCCCUGUAGGAUCUGGUCGGCUUCUAAUGAAUUGGCCUGAAUUUUGGAGAGCUUUUGAUCUUGAUCACAAUCGUGCAGACUUGAUUUGGAAUGAGCGUACCAGGCAAGAGUUGAGAGAAUCUUUGCAAGCUGAAGUUCAUAAACUAGAUGUCGAGAAAGAGCGUACUGAAGAUAUUGUUCCAGGUGGUGUAACCUUGGAAAUGAUAACAGGGGUUGAGAGUGUACCACAAAUAUCUUGGAACUACUCUGAAUUUUGUGUUCGUUACCCGAGCUUGUCAAAAGAAGUUUGUGUGGGUCAGUAUUAUCUUCGUCUACUGCUUGAGAGUGGCAGUGGUGGCAGGGCUCAAGACUUCCCAUUGCGUGAUCCAGUUGCUUUCUUUAGAGCACUGUACCAUCGUUUUUUGUGUGAUGCAGACACAGGGCUUACUGUAGAUGGUGCUGUUCCUGAUGAGUUAGGUGCAUCUGAUGAUUGGUGUGACAUGGGUAGAUUAGAUGGUUUUGGCGGAGGUGGUGGGUCAUCAGUGAGGGAGCUUUGUGCAAGGGCAAUGGCAAUUGUAUAUGAGCAGCAUUACAAGACCAUAGGCCCCUUUGAAGGUACAGCUCACACUACUGUUCUUUUGGAUAGGACAGAUGACAGAGCUUUGAGGAAUCGACUUCUUUUGCUUCUAAAGGCAUUAAUGAAGGUUUUAUCAAAUGUAGAGGCUUGUGUUCUAGUUGGAGGUUGUGUAUUAGCCGUAGAUCUGCUUACAGUGGUCCAUGAAACUUCAGAGAGGACAUCUAUUCCCUUGCAAUCAAAUUUAUUAGCAGCUACUGCUUUUAUGGAACCACUUAAGGAGUGGAUGUAUAUUGACAAAGAUGGUGCUCAACUUGGGCCAGUGGAAAAAGAUGCUAUUAGAAGGUUAUGGUCCAAAAAGGAAAUUGAUUGGACAACAAGGUGUUGGGCUUCUGGGAUGCUAGAUUGGAAGAAGUUGCGUGAUAUUCGUGAGCUUCGUUGGGCUCUUGCUCUUAGAGUUCCGGUCCUUACCCCACCCCAGGUUGGGGACACUGCUCUGUCCAUAUUGCAUAGCAUGGUGUCUGCACAUUCAGAUUUAGAUGAUGCUGGAGAGAUUGUUACUCCAACUCCUAGAGUAAAACGAAUCUUAUCAAGUCCACGCUGCCUUCCACAUAUUGCACAGGCCAUUCUUUCUGGGGAACCAAGUAUUGUUGAGGCAGCUGCUGCUUUGCUGAAGGCCAUUGUCACCCGGAAUCCCAAAGCGAUGAUACGUCUAUACAGCACUGGUGCAUUUUAUUUUGCACUGGCUUAUCCGGGGUCUAAUCUACUUUCAAUUGGGCAAUUAUUUGCUGUCACCCAUGUCCAUCAAGCAUUUCAUGGCGGUGAAGAGGCUGCAGUUUCGUCUUCAUUGCCUUUGGCAAAACGCAGUGUUCUUGGUGGACUUCUCCCUGAAUCUCUGUUGUAUGUAUUGGAUCGUAGUGGUCCAGCAGCAUUUGCUGCAGCAAUGGUCUCUGAUUCUGACACUCCAGAGAUAAUAUGGACUCACAAAAUGAGGGCAGAAAAUCUAAUUCGCCAGGUUUUGCAGCAUCUUGGUGAUUUUCCUCAAAAACUGUCGCAACACUGCCAUGCUUUAUAUGACUAUGCCCCCAUGCCUCCAGUGACAUAUCCCGAGCUGAGAGAUGAAAUGUGGUGUCACCGUUAUUAUCUUAGGAACCUCUGUGAUGAGAUUCGUUUUCCAAAUUGGCCAAUUGUUGAACAUGUAGAGUUUCUGCAGUCUUUACUUGUAAUGUGGCGUGAGGAGUUGACAAGAAAACCCAUGGACCUUUCUGAAGAAGAAGCUUGCAAGAUCCUUGAAAUAUCCUUGGAGGAUGUAUCUAGUGAUGAUGUAAAUAAAAGAACUUCUUCUGAGACUGCCGAUGAAGCAUCAAGCUUGUCAAAGCGGAUUGAGAACAUUGAUGAAGAAAAAUUAAAGCGACAAUAUCGGAAACUUGCGAUGAAAUAUCAUCCUGACAAAAAUCCUGAAGGAAGGGAGAGGUUUCUUGCCAUACAGAAGGCCUAUGAACGCCUGCAGGCUACUAUGCAAGGAUUGCAAGGUCCUCAGCCUUGGAGAUUGCUGCUUUUGUUGAAGGGACAAUGUAUUUUAUACAGAAGAUAUGGAGACAUAUUAGAGCCAUUCAAAUAUGCUGGCUACCCCAUGUUGCUGAGUGCUGUUACUGUUGAUAAGGAUGAUAACAACUUUCUUUCUUUAGAUAGAGCACCUCUCCUUGUUGCUGCAUCAGAGCUUGUCUGGUUAACAUGUGCAUCUUCUUCAUUGAAUGGUGAGGAGCUGGUAAGAGAUGGAGGAGUACAACUUCUUGCAACCCUUCUUUCCCGUUGCAUGUAUGUUGUUCAGCCAACUACUCCUGGGAAUGAACCAUCUGCCGUUAUUGUUACAAACAUCAUGCGGACAUUUGCAGUUCUAAGUCAAUUUGAGGCUGCCAGGGCCGAGAUACUUGAGUUUUCUGGAUUAAUUGAGGACAUUGUGCACUGCACUGAAUUUGAGCUUGUACCUGCAGCUGUUGAUGCUGCUCUACAAACUAUUGCCAAUGUUUCUGUUUCCUCUGAGUUGCAGGAUGCUUUAUUGAAGGCUGGUGUUUUAUGGUACCUUUUGCCACUACUGCUUCAGUAUGACUCAACUGCAGAAGAAUCUGACGCGAAAGAAUCACACGGUGUUGGUGCUAGUGUUCAAAUUGCAAAAAACAUGCAUGCCAUUAGAGCUUGCCAGGCUCUGUCAAGGCUCUGUGGUUUGUGUGGUGAUGGGAGUACAAUACCUUAUAAUCAAGCAGCUGCUAAUGCUCUGAGAGUUUUGCUAACUCCUAAGCUUUCUAGCAUGUUGAAAGAUCAAAUGCCCAAAGAUUUACUGUCCAAAUUAAAUGCUAACCUGGAGUCACCGGAGAUUAUCUGGAACUCUUCAACACGGGCAGAGCUGCUGAAAUUUGUGGACCAGCAACGCGCAGCUCAAGGUCCUGAUGGUUCAUAUGAUAUAAAAGAAUCACAUGACUUUGUCUAUAAAGCACUAUCAAGAGAAUUAUUCAUUGGCAAUGUUUACUUGAGGGUCUACAACGAUCAGCCAGAUUUUGAAAUUAGUGAACCCGAAGCUUUUUGUGUUUCUCUAAUCGACUUCAUAUCUUAUCUUUUGCACAAUCAAUGUGUUGAAGAUGUUGAUCAUAAGGUUGAAGAAACCAGUAAUUUCAUUCAGACUUCUGAGCAUCUAAGCGAGGCUGUUGAUGGACCUGUUAAUGAACAGCAGGUCCUGGAUAAUUCCAGCAUAAUGUCUGAUGAAAAAUCUACAGGGAAGGAAGAACUAGAGAUGAUUAAAUAUCUCCGUUCAGCACUGAUCUCCCUUCAGAACCUUCUGACAAAUAGUCCAAAUUUGGCAUCCAUAUUUUCUAAUAAAGACAAGCUACUGCCUCUUUUUGAAUGCUUUUCUGUGCCUGAAGCAUCAAACAGUAACAUUCCUCAACUUUGCCUGGCAGUGCUGUCACUCUUAACUGCGCAUGCUCCUUGUUUGCAAGCCAUGGUUGCAGAUGGAUCUAGUCUUCUGCUUUUAUUACAAAUGCUUCACUCAGUGCCUAGUUGUCGUGAAGGGUCUCUCCAUGUUCUCUAUGCAUUGGCAAGUACACCAGAACUGGCCUGGGCAGCUGCCAAGCACGGUGGUGUUGUUUACAUUCUUCAAUUGCUCUUGCCUUUGAAGGAAGAAAUUCCACUCCAACAAAGAGCUAUGGCAGCCUCCUUGCUGGGGAAGCUUGUUAGCCAGCCAAUGCAUGGACCAAGGGUUGCUAUAACACUUGCAAGGUUCCUUCCAGAUGGCCUUGUAUCAAUAAUUAGGGAUGGACCUGGUGAAGCUGUUGUAGUCGCCCUUGAGCAGACUACAGAGACACCAGAACUUGUAUGGACGCCAGCAAUGGCAGCUUCCUUAUCUGCACAAAUUUCCACUAUGGCAUCCGAGCUGUACCGUGAGCAGAUGAAAGGUCGUGUUGUUGAUUGGGAUGUACCUGAGCAGGCAUCUGGACAGCAGGAAAUGAGAGAUGAGCCACAGGUUGGUGGCAUCUAUGUUCGGCUGUUCCUGAAGGAUCCCAAAUUUCCUCUGAGAAACCCCAAAAGAUUCUUGGAAGGUCUUCUAGACCAGUAUUUGUCAUCCAUUGCUGCCUCACAUUAUGAGGCCCAGGCUGUUGACCCUGAGCUUCCUUUGCUUCUGUCAGCUGCGCUUGUUUUAUUACUACGCGUGCACCCUGCACUAGCAGAUCAUGUUGGGUAUCUUGGAUAUGUACCGAAACUAGUUUCUGCUGUUGCAUUUGAGGGAAGGCGAGAAACAAUGUCAUCAGCUGAGGUAAAUGACGGGAAGCAUGCAGACAAAACAUAUGGCCCAGAUAAUGAAUCAGCAGAGAACACACAAACUCCUCAAGAGCGUGUGCGCCUGAGUUGUUUGCGCGUCUUGCAUCAACUGGCAGGUAGUACCACGUGUGCUGAAGCCAUGGCAGCAACCAGUGUUGGAACACCUCAGGUUGUUCCAGUGCUAAUGAAAGCUAUAGGGUGGCAAGGCGGAAGCAUUUUAGCUCUUGAGACCCUAAAACGACUUGUGGUUGCUGGAAACCGAGCUAGGGAUGCUCUUGUUGCUCAAGGACUUAAAGUUGGUCUUGUUGAAGUACUUCUUGGUCUUCUUGAUUGGAGAGCCGGGGGCAGGAAUGGAUUUUGUUCCCAGAUGAAGUGGAAUGAAUCUGAAGCAUCAAUUGGCAGGGUGCUGGCAAUUGAGGUCUUGCAUGCCUUUGCCACUGAAGGGGCCCAUUGUACUAAAGUGCGGGAACUAUUGAAUAAUUCUGAUGUUUGGAGUGCGUACAAAGACCAGAGGCAUGAUCUGUUCCUUCCUUCAAAUGCUCAAUCUGCAGCUGCUGGAAUCGCCGGUCUAAUUGAGAAUUCAUCGUCAUCGAGACUCACUUACGCCCUCACAGCUCCUCCACCUCAACCGUCUAAUUCUAAAUCUCCUCCAUCCACGUCUGAUAUAAACGGAAAGCAAGAUCAGUUUCUAUAGUACGAAACCAUAUAUCUAUCCAAAGCCUAUACUAGUAACUCACCUGUAUAGUACACUGUACAGUUUUGUUGUCUACAUGCUCCUGGGUUGGUUUUUGGGAAGCAUUUGCAAUUUUCUUUUAAGAGUUCUUCGUUUGUGUAAAGAGGGAUUCCCCACCUUCCAUCCCUCACUUUUCUCCUUGUAAAUUGGAUGGUGUAUUUACUAAUUUUUGCUACAAAAUAGUGAGGUGAUUUUGCCCA